UUCUAGGCAGUGACCGGAUCAUUCUCUCUCUAGCAAUAAAGAAUCCCAAUCGCGUCGUGUCGCAGCUCUCUUUCGACUUUCGAGCACGGACGGACCCAAGAAACAGGAAAGUACUCAUCGUCAAGAAAUUAGGGUUUUCAGGUUCUGUUCUUUGUUUGGUUGCUGAGAAAACAUGGGAGGAGGCAAUGCACAGAAAUCAAAGAUGGCCCGUGAGAAGAACCUGGAGAAGCAAAAAGCGGCGGGCAAGGGAAGCCAACUCGAUUCAAACAAGAAAGCUAUGACAAUCCAGUGCAAGGUGUGUAUGCAAACGUUUAUGUGCACCACAUCUGAGGUGAAGUGCAAGGAACACGCAGAGGCAAAGCAUCCCAAGUCCGAUGUUUGUGUGUGCUUUCCUCACCUCAAGAAAUGAACAAACUUAUGUGGGUAUUGGGUAAUGUGCCUAAGAACUAUGCUGGGACAGGCUGUGGAGGUGCCGCCCCUUCGUUUUAGAGGUUUCUGGAAUGAUUUUACCAAGGAUUUUAUUUUAUAUCAGUGGCUGUUUGAAACAAGGAUGUUUCAAAAAUGAAAUGUGUAAUAGUGACUGUGUUUAAAUUAAACAUUGUGAGAUAAAUUGUCAAGAAUAUCAAGUGCUCUUCAUCU